AUGAGUGCCAAGGAGGAAACGACAUACAACUAUGAAAUGAGGACUUUCACAUCACCGAGUAUUUGGAGAGAAUUGAUGAAGGGUUACAAGAAGUUUGAUUCACCGAUUGAAGUUAAUUUGAAGCCAAAUGGGCAUGAAAGCAUUCUUACUUGGUCUAUUGAUAACAUUCACCAACUGCUGAUGGCUCAUCACGGUGUCUCAGGUCUAGUUGGGAAACUUGCAAUUGAAUCGAAUGUCAAUUGCGAUGCUGACAAAUUAUAUGCAAUUUUCAAGCACCAAGAAGAUGUACCAAAGGCACUUCCUCAUAUUUACACUAGCGCUAGAGUUAUCGACGGAUGUGCAACGCGUUCCGGUUGUAUUAAGGAAUGGAAUUUUAUCAUUGGGGAUAAGACGAUUUGCAUGAUAGAAGAAACAACACAUAACGAUGAAACAAGAAAGUUGCAUCACCGUAUAUUUGAAGGUGACUUGAUGAAGGAUUACAAGAAACUUGAUUCAAUAAUUGAAAUCAAUCCAAAACCUACUGGAAAUGGAUGCGUUGUGGCAUGGUCUGUUGUGUAUGAAAAGAUAGACCAAGAUUCUCCAACUCCCUUUGCUUAUUUACCUUUGUGGCUUCAGGUCGUUGAAGACAUGAGCAAAUACCUAUGCGAUUCUGAAUAA